AUGCCCGGGAGUUUUCGCCGUGUUACGCCGGAUGCCAACUUGCAAAGUGGAUGGUCUGGCACUGGGAACAGUUCAUCCGACUCGGGAACGUCGCCGAUGUUUUCAGACUUGGGGACAAUAACUUCGCGAUCUACUGAGAUGAAUGAUAAUUUUCGUCGCACCAUGCAGAGUUCCACGCCCGAGAAUUCCAUGUGCACAGCGCCGACUUCGCAAUGCCGAGGAAAGCACGGUCUUGGGCUUUCGUUUUCAAGCGACAUGGAUGGGACACCACGAGACUUGAGCGUGGCACACACAUGCAUCCAAAACAGCCGCGCAGCACUUGCGCCAAGGCACCUAGACAGCAGCCGCAGCACAGAGAGCUACUCGACACCGCCAUCUAGACGCGGCCAAGAGAGCCCGCGCAGUGUGCAGUUUUUUGCUCAGGGCACACCGAUACAUGGCUCUUUGGAUACCUUGUACCCAAGCGUUGCAUAUGCCGAGUCCGAAGCGAGCGCCGCGAGUCCAGGUGCAUUUUCUCCCCACACCAACGAUGACGUGCGUGUUGCUUUGCCUGAGUACGAAGUAGAAACUGCCGCUGCGCUUCGACCACUGAACCUUGUAUCCAAGUACUUUGGCGACGGCGGUGUAGACCGUACACCCGAUACAUCGCAAGUGUACGGGCAGGCACUGUCCGGAUCGCCACAAGGAGCGCAACGUUUCGAAACCUCUGUGGAACUUGGCGAAGAUGAAACGCGCCCUCCAUCGCCCGGCGCGCUUCAUGGGUUAUCUGUUGAUGCGCUCCCCAUGCCCGAACUCCUGACGCCGCCCAACGUCCCAUUGCGUACGCUGCACUUGCCCACGCUGCAUUCUAUUCAAGAGACACACGAACCUUCGCAACGUAUACCCCAAAAGGACCAUAUCUCCACACCAACUACAUACACUGCUUUUGGAGAUCUGCUUCCGCCGCUGCCUGCCUUUGCCGGUGACGAGACAGUGUCGAGCGCAUCGAGUCGCGGCAGUUCACGGCGACGACUUCCCUACGCAGCUUUGCACCCACCGGCGCCACCAGAAGAAUACAAUGUGGAUGCGCGGCGCAUGUUUUGGUUUGGAUUCCUCGGCAUGCCAUGGCUCUGGCUCUUGGGCAGCUGGUGCAUGGACGAUACAGGGACACUGGUCGCGCCAUGGUCCACGCCCUCCUUUUCGACGUAUCGCUCGGGGCUGCAUCCGUACGGUGCACCACUUGCACUUUCUGCAAAAGCGUACCGCAACAACGCUGCAAAGCCUGGGAUGGAUCUUGCACAACCAAACGUAUCUUCCCCCCACGUGUCGGAUCUCGAUGCACUAGCACGAAAGCAUGAAGGCGUCCGCUUCCUACAAGAAAAACAACGCCAAGCGCCGAAACCAGUCUCUCUUUUUGCUGUUAAACAUUGGCGUCAAAUUGAGCCGUUUGUGUUGUAUAAUCGCCUGGCUGCAGCCAUCUCUUCUUUUGUCAUCUUUGCAUGCUGGGCCGUUGGAAUCUGGGCUGUUGUGGCCCAUUUUUAG